CCAACAUCCAAAAUUUAAGUAAACAUGAAUCCCCGGCGUUAGUGAAUAUUAUUUGAGUAUUUAAACUUUUCGUCGUUAAAAAAUUGCAUUUAAUGUUUCAUUGACCAUUAUAAUAAAUUCCUCUAGUACCCAUCAGUAUUGAAAAAAUCCGAAUCAGAUCAUAAUAUAUAGACUGUUCACACAAUGGAUUUUAACAUGGUUAUGAAGGCGGAUUUAAAUGAUAUUAAGGUUGAACCUAUGGAUUUUCAAGAUGUCGAUAUUCUCAAUUCUUGUGACUAUGACUCAAGCAUAAGUCAAAAUAUAAAAAACGAGGAUUCGAUGGAAGAUAAAAUAAUGGAUCAAAUAGAUCCAAUUCAAAAUCAUCAAUCAGAAAGUGAAACAGAAGAUAUAUAUGAUGAAUGUUAUUCAUGUUUUAUGUGCAAUGUAUCAUACAAUACACAAUUUGACCUAGAUGCACAUUUGCGGACUCACACUGAUGAUGAUACUUUUCAUCAUAGUAAUAUUAACAGUAUAAGUGAACCUUUACCUCAAUCUUCAAUAAAGCCAUCAAAAUACUUCAGAUGCAACGAAUGUCUAAAAAUUUGUAAAAGUCAACUGUCAUACAAUGAACACAUGUUAACCCAUACAGGAGAAAAACCACAUCAUUGUCGGGUAUGUGAUCGUAAAUUUCGUCAUAUAGCAAAUUUUCGAACACAUUUAAAAAGUCAUAACAAUGUAAGAACAUUGAUUUGUUCUCUGUGUCAAAAAACUAUUGUUGGCGAAAAAAAUUACUAUAUACAUUAUAUGGAUGUACAUAAUAAAAUGUCUAUCCGUAAUCCUCGACUUUAUCAAACUAGUUCAUCUGACAGUGAUGAAGAUUUUAAUCCCAAAGUUUCAUACUAUAAAAAGAAAAAACUUAAUUCACGAAAGUUUAGAAAAGAUAGUGAACCUUUUGGUCCUUUAUUUGCUAAAAAAGCAUGGGAAAAAAAACAACGAGAAUUGGAAAAUGUUAAUUUAGAUGCUGAAGAAGAAAAAAGUGAAAGAGAUGUUGUUCAGGAAGCAAUUGAAAGUUCAAGACAAGAUAUCCAAAAUAUGCUUAGAAAAAGAAAACAACAACUAACAGAUUAUAACACUGAAGAAUACCAAAAGUUUCUAGAAACUUUAAUAUUGGAAAAAAAUUCUACUGGUCAAUUUAAUGAAGCUAAAUUAAUUGGUCCAUUGUUUUGGAAAAAUGCUCUUGUCAAGGCUGGUCUUAUAGAAGAAGAUAUACUUCCAAUGCAAUUUCAAAGUCGACUUAGACUUAUUGAAUGUAUGUCUUGUAGAAAAUGUUUUGCAAGGUUACCAAAAUCUAAUGAAGGUAAUAUUUUGCCGUCUAAACCACCAUGCUCUAGCUGCUUUAUGAUAAAAAACGAAUCAUCAUUAAACAAACAUAAAGCUGAAAAUCAUAGUGAACCUCCGCCAUAUAUUUGUAAAGAAUGUUCGUUGGAAUUGGAUACAUGGUAUAAGUAUGUCCAGCAUAUGAAAAUGCAUUUGAGGUAUGCGGCAAAAUGUAGUGAGUGUGUAUAUAAUAUGAUGAAUAAACCAGAUACUGUCAUAUUCUUAUGUCAUGUUUGUGAAAUGUCUUUUGAGUCUGAUGAUGAACUUAAAGUACAUGUACAAACACAUUUAGAAAAUGGACAAAAUAAUGAUAGAUAAUAAUUUUGACUUAGUUUUAUAAUAAGCUGUGUAAAAAUUAUUAUAAAUGUAUUUUUUAUAAAAAAAAUAUCUAUAUAAUAUGUAUAUUCUUCUAAUAAUGAUCCUACAGAAAAUUUAGGGAAUGUAAGAAUUUUAUAUUUUCUUUUUAAUUACCACCAAUAUUUUUGUUGUCUUAUAUAAUAACUACCACUUAAGAAUUUAAACAAAUAAGUAUCAUAUCUAAUACUCCAUGAUAAGAGUAAUAUUAAAUAAACGCUUUAAAUCACAGUAAACAAAAAUUUCUGUUUUCAAAAAAGUGUAAAUACCAUAUACUUGUAUUUUAUUUAAAAUACCUAAUGUUAGUAUAUAUAUUUGUAUUAAUAUUCAUAAAUAAAAUU